GUGACAGUAAUUAUUUUGAUUACAAAAUUACAAGAUUACAAGUUGCAAAUAGUCACGUAGCAUACAUAAAUUGUCGUAAAAUCGAAAACAUAAGUGUUUAAAGAAAAGAUUAAACCAUAAAAUGGAUUCGUUGGAAGAUCUGACUGCAACACAUGAGAUUUUAAUUUUACAAGGACUUGAUGAAACAGAUGAAUUUAAAAGUCUAAAAAAUCGUUUCAAGAAGUCACGAGUAUGUUCAAAGGAAGAAAUUUGCAACUUAAAGCAAGAAUCAGUUCAUUCUAUAUGUUGCGGAAACAAAGAUGGUGAUUUAAUUAGUUUAGUGUUGAAAUUGUUGGUUCCAGGUGGGCAUAUCGUAAUUACACAAAUUUCAAACAAAGAUGAGGCAAAAUUGAAUCUAAUUAUGAAAGGGUUUAUGAAUGUCAAGGUGUAUGAAAAUUGUGUAGUAGCUAGCAAACCAAGUUUUAAGUCUCGUUCUUCGGCCCAAAUUAAACUUCCCCCAAAAGCCAACCAAGCAGUGUGGAAAUUGGAUGAUGCAGAUGAUGAAACAAUAGAUCCAGAUGAUUUGUUAGAUGAGGAUGACUUGCAAAAACCAGAUUUGGCCUCAUUAAGAGUUUGUGGAACUACUGGAAAAAGAAAAGCAUGUAAAGAUUGUUCAUGUGGAUUAGCUGAUGAAUUAGCCCAAGAAGUAAGUGAAAACAAAAUAAUAGAUACAAAGGAUGCGCCUAAAUCAUCAUGUGGUAGUUGUUACCUGGGAGAUGCCUUCCGUUGUGCUACUUGUCCAUAUUUGGGAAUGCCAGCGUUCAAGCCAGGUGAAAAAAUUCAAUUAGUUGGAAAUCAACUAAGUGAUGAUAUUUAAAAUGUAUAUAUUUUUAAAAAUAAAAAGAUUAAGUAGUGCCUG